AUGCCGGAGCACAUUGUGGUGCGGUGCUACUCUUGUCAGACGCACCAGGCAGUGCAGAGGAACAAGAAGCAGAAGUUCGAUUGCAAACUCUGUGGUGCCAAGCAGUCUGUCAAGGCCGUGCUGGCAUCAGGCACAGCUGGCAAAGAGCUGCGCGAAGUCGUGCAGCAGCUGAACUACACGAAGGGCAAGGAGGUCACAACUUCUGCGAAGCAUGGUCCAAAGUUCCACGAGAGUCUGGGACGCUUCGAAAGUCGGCAGAGUGGUCUAGAAAGGAAACUGGAAGCAGGGGGCUACAUGCAUGUGGUCCUCCAGGCAGAUGGUGACUUCUCUAAAUUCUGGUACCUCUGA